GCCCCUUUUAUUUAUCUCCUGCUGGUUCCCGUUGCCAUUGCCUCAUGGCUGCGGCUUCUCGUCCGGACAGUCCGGAGAUCCAGUAUGAGGAUGAUUUUUGGGAGUCUGCGUGGACUUUGCCACCUCUCACCGACCCAAGCUGGUGGGAGUCACGUCCUUAUGAGGAACGGCCACGCGACCGAUCCCCGAACUCGUUCGCCACACGUCGGCACAAGGGUGCCGAUGACACCGCCCGAGCUGCUCGGAUGGCGGUGAGUGUGGGCAAUGUAGUCUUUUUAGACUACGGAGAACGACCAAGGGUUGUGCAUGCCCGUUUGGUGCUGGCCGAAGUUGACAGCAGUACAUUCGAGUUCACGAUUGCAACGCCAGAUUUGGAUGUGUAUACCGAGAUCUUAGAUGGUAGCAAUCCAGAUCUCCAGCACUUUUACUUGGGGGGUCCAGGUGCAGGGCCAGGACCUUUAGCCGCAGCACCGGUUGAAGUUUGGGUUCUAGGAGGGUGUUGUGGUGGUCGCAAAAUUGGUGAGCAAGUAGUACCACCUGCCGGACUUCCUACGCUGGGUGACUAUGGGUUGAUGAGCAUGGUUGAUAUGGAUGGCAAUUCCAGAGCAGUUCUGAUUAAGAAGAUGGCGAUUGAUCAAAUUCCUGCAUUCUGCGACGAACGCAUCCAGUGUGCCAGGGAUGCAACCGCUGUUGACGGGGAAGAGAGAUCAGCUGCCGAUGACAUCAGGACAUUAUCUAUCAAAUAUACUGCCAGCGGUGAGAGACGAAGGGUUUUCAAAGAGUCCAUUGGGGAGCUCAUUCAAACGGAGAUGGAGGAUUUUCCGUAUGAGCCAAGGACGUGUUUACCCUAUCUGCAGGCCAUUGUCAAUGUCUCAGAGAGCGCUUACGGGCAACAUCUUCAAUGGAUACAACAGGCGAAGAUCCCGGAGAAGAUCCCGGAGGGAUCCAGGGCGAUCUAUGAGGAUGAAACCCUGGCGCAUAUAUUAGAUGUUGCAGUGUGCUAUGAUGGAUUGGCUGUCUGCAACCUGGCCAGCUUUGAGCUGCUGGUGCGUAGGUUACAUGCUGAUGCUCAAAUCCUCAAAGAGCGUCGCAAGUUGGAGGAAAACAAAGGAAAAGCUAAGGGCAAGCCGUCGAAAGGAGGAGCCUUGUGUGCGCUCCGGGCGGCCGGGUCAGCAUAUGAAGAUGGUGCUGACAUCGGCGUGGGAUCCGUUGUCAACAUGGAGCUGUCCAAGUUGUCUCUGCCUUCAGGUGGGGUCGCUGGCGUAUCCUUGGUUGACAGCUUGGAGGGUACCACCAAGAACAUGGUUGAGGACUUUGAAAAUUUCAUGCUUCAGGAUGCUGAUGCGUGGACGUUCAUUGAGGAUGAGUCAUGCAAAGUACCCCCAUACAAUGAUCAGCUUCUGUCCGCUAGAAAGGGCUAUCUCACUUUUCUUCGCCGUUUGUUUGAUGCUGGGGUCUUGGGUCACACUUCAAGAUGCCGUGGAAGAGUUGGGGCCUUUUGUGUUUCGAAGAAGUCUAAAUUCAUUGAUGGUGUGGAACAUAAAAGACAGCGUUUAGUGCUCGACUGUCGACAGACGAACUUGCAAUUCAGAGAGCCACCAAUGACGGAGUUGGGGAGUUUGGCAUCUUUAGGAAAUCUUCAACUUCCAGAGGGAAAGAAACUAUAUGUUGCAACAGCGGACAUUCGUGACUGUUUCUACGCGGUGAAUUGUCCUAUUGGCAUGUCUGAUUUCUUUUGCCUCAGAAGUGAUAUUACACCUGCAGAAGCCAUCUUCAUUUCCAAUGGUGCGUGGAGUAUUGAGGACAACACUCCUUUUGUUAGCCCUUGUAUCACCGUGUUGCCCAUGGGUUUUAGCUGGAGUUUCUAUCUUAUUCAGGUGUUACACGAACAAGCCACUAUGAAAGCUCUUGGUAUACCUCGCUCUUCUUUGAUCCUAGAAGGUCAGCCUGCCCCUGAUGUGGAUGACAAGUCAUGUUUGGCUAUGCCGUAUUGUGACAACGUUCAUACUAUGAGCACCGAUCCUCGUGUCUGCCAGGUUGGAUGUGAUGACGUCCAAGAGAAGCUCACUUCGAUGGGCUUUGAUCUGCAUGAGGAGACGGAAGCUUCGACAUAUUGUUGCACUUUGGGGGGGGUCAUUGAUGGGGACAAAGGGCAAGUGAGAGCGAGCAAUCAGCGCUUGUGGCGUAUUAGUUUGGCAUUUGAAUACCUUACUUUUGCUAAAGUUCAUCCAGCAUUGGUGCAAAAGAAGUGCGAAGCAUGGGCCAGUGGAAUGAGCGCUGGCGAUUUCGUCGCUUACCUGCCGCUGAGUGGGCUCCACGAAGACGAGCACAUCACACUCAAAGAAGGUAGAGCUUUGGUUUUAGCACUUAGGACGGUGGCCCCAGUAGCAAUGAAGUCAAGCAGACAGCUUCAGAAGUCUCACAAGCCAGUGCACAAAUCCGAAUGCCGAACUUUGAGAGCAGAUCUGAAGGUUCAGGUCGAGCAGAAGAAGAAAAGUCAGAAGAGUGCAAAGAGAGUGAUCGCAGACAAGAUGGCACCGCUGCCGGUGAGCAAGAGGCAGAAGCGUACCAUACAGGCGGCGAUAGUGCCGAAGGAUCCAGAGGACAAGAUGAUUGGGAAGUUGGCGCAAUCUCGAAAGGUGACCUUGCUGGGGAGCAAGAGUAUUUCCAAAGAGAGCAGAGUCCAAUACGGCCUAUACCUUCAGAGGUUCAAGGUUUUCUGUCAGGAGAGCGGGGUCCGGUGGCCUAUGCCCGACAUGGACGCAGACCCACUGAUGGCCGAUUUCAUGGACGUGAUGUUCCAGGAUGGAAGGUCAGCUCACGAGGGCGAAAAGACUCUUGCCGCUUUGGAAUUCGAGUUCGUCCAGCUCAAAGGCCGCAUGGUGCGCAGCCGUCGUGCCCUUCGAGGAUGGAGACGGGUAAUGCCGGCAACCAGCCGCCUUCCUCUUCCCAGGAUCAUGAUGCAUGGCCUUGCUAUGCAACUUCUGGCACAAGGGAAGCGAGACAUGGCUCUGAUGACUUUGGUAAUGUUCAACUUGUACCUGAGGCCUGGAGAAGCAGCAGACCUUUGCAAACGCCAUGUGGUAGCGCCAGUGAAGAUGGCAGGAAAUCAAUAUGCAUGGGUGACUGUGAUCAUCAGGGACCAGGAACACAAGAAGCCGGACAAGAUAGGUGUUUACGACAACAGCUUGCCUUUCGACAAGAGUCAGGAUCUUUGGUUGGGCAACCAGCUGCUACAGCAUGCCCAGUCAGUGAAGAGCAAAGAUGGGAAGCUGUUCAACUUCAAGAUGGAGGAGUAUCGUCGAGCUUUUGUGAAAGCAGGAGUGGACUUGGGUGUGCCCGGGCUACAUCCUUACCAAAUGAGACAUGGCGGGGCGACCGAGGACCUCACCUCAGGACGUCGCGAUUUCAACAUGGUGAAGAUUCGUGGCCGAUGGCGCACAGACCAAAGCGUCCGUCGGUACAACAAAGUGGGACGAGUUCAACAGCUGUUGAAUCAACUGAGUGUGUCAAGCCAAAG